AUGCCUGUCCCUGUGCUCCUGUGUUUCACGCCUGUCCCUGUGCUCCUGUGUUUCACGCCUGUCCCUGUGCUCCUGUCGAAGCCGGUGAGGCCUAAGCAGCUGCCUGUGUGCUCUCCCACUAACCCCUUCUACACCUACAUCAGAGCCACAGAGCACAACGCCUACAGCAACGCUCUGUUCAAGACCACGCCCCAGACCGGGACCGGGACCGGGACCCCCAACUCUGUCCAGGCCAACACGUGA